CCUCAUGGCUUAUCUCAUGCUUACAACUCAGCAUUGAAAUAGAUUUGCGCUCAGAUUCGGGAACGUGGACGAGUGGUCAAUAAAUCAAUCAAUCAUGUUCGUGAGGACUUUGGUAUUAGCUUUGGUGGCCAAUCUGGCCUUGACCUCCGGUUGCGAGAUCACCGUAAAGAACGUUGGUUUAAAAACGUUCACAUGGAGAAUUUCUUAUGCAGGCGUUGAAGGCCAUUCCAAGGAACUACAACCUGGAGAGUCUGAGAACCACGCCUGUACGUGUUUACCCCAUGAUAUGUAUGUGGAUUAUGAAGACAUUUACUGCUAUCACUACAUGAAUUGCAUCAACAAAAACCAAUACCAAGUCGAGGUGGGAGAGUAUGCCAUCUACAUUAAUGUUGGGAACAAAAACGUGGAGACAUGUGUCUUGUAAGGCCGAUGGAUGUAUUAUGUCAUGGUCGAGGAGAUAUGGUGCUCGUAUGCUUGCUAACUUGGCUGAUUGAUCUUACCAAUUUGUCAUAUUGCUUGUAUAUGGUGAUGAUGUAAGGAAUCCUGAGAAUGCUGCACGUCCAAAAAUACAAGAUGGCCUUUGUGAA